AAUAUUCAAGAACUCACACAGUUUAAAAAAAAAAAAUCGAAGUACGAGCAACUGUGCAUAUAUAAAACAGAUAUAGCAGCCAAAGCAAAGCGUAAAGCGACAGCAAUGGUGUCGUACGUGAGUGCAUUGUUAUACGGAGUCGGAGGCAUUGUGGUGGCCGGGAUGGCACUGUUGGUCGCUUUCCAGGAGAAGCUUGUUUAUGUCCCCGUCCUUCCCGGUCUCACUAAAUCCUACCAGAUUACUCCCGCCCGACUCCGACUUAUGUACGAGGACGUUUGGUUUCGAUCCUCCGAUGGAGUUCGUCUCCACUCCUGGUUCAUCAAGUUCUUUCCCGAUUGCCGAGGUCCAACCAUUUUGUUUUUCCAAGAGAAUGCAGGAAAUAUUGCUCACCGUCUUGAAAUGGUUCGCAUAAUGAUACAGAGAUUGCAUUGCAAUGUGUUUAUGCUUUCAUAUCGAGGUUAUGGAGCAAGUGAAGGCUAUCCUUCUCAGCAGGGAAUUACAAAUGAUGCUCAGGCUGCAGUGGAUCAUCUUUAUCAGAGAACUGACAUUGACACAUCUAGGAUAGUUGUAUUUGGAAGGUCACUUGGAGGUGCUGUUGGUGCUGUGCUUACUAAAAACAAUCCUGAUAAGGUUUCUGCGUUGAUAUUGGAAAACACUUUCACAUCUAUUCUGGACAUGGCUGGAGUUCUAUUGCCCUUCUUAAAGUGGUUUAUUGGAGGCAGUAGUUCAAAAGGUCCCAAACUUCUUAAUUUUCUUGUACGCUCUCCAUGGAGUACAAUUGAUGUUGUUGGUGAGGUCAAGCAGCCGAUUCUUUUUCUCUCUGGAUUGCAAGAUGAGAUGGUUCCACCAUCUCAUAUGCAAAUGCUGUAUGCUAAAGCAGCUGCUCGUAAUAAUCAGUGCAAGUUUGUGGAAUUUUCUACUGGAAUGCAUAUGGACACUUGGCUGUCUGGUGGUGAUCACUACUGGAGAACAAUACAGCAGUUCCUUGAUCAACAUGUUCCUGAGAAAAAAGAAACUGAAUCAUCAAGCAAAUAUACUGAGUUGGAGGGAAGUUGCAGCUGUUAAAAGCACAGUAUGAGGAGUUACUACCUCCUGAUGAACCUUUCAGAUAUUUCUCUUGAAGAGUUGUUGGUUUAGCAAACUUCAGUAGUCACCAAAACGAUGUGAAUGUCCUUUCGAAUACUGUAUUUGACUUUGACAUAUACACUGAAUUCUUGAUCUCUUCUGACCAAUUCAUUGUAUGAAAUAAGAAGUCUUUGAAAAUGCAGAUGGUUUUCCUGUA